UGUGCUUUGUUCGCGGGCCCUGGUGGUUUUCAGAAAGCGGGACCCCUGGAGUUCCAGCAGGCUUCGGAUAUAUCCAGCUCACAACCAAGCCCGCUGUUUUGCGCCCACAUGGACGUGUGUGCACAUGGAGCGUUGAUGGGUAUGAGUCCAGCCCUGAGAAAACAGGACGCCGACGGGUGCAGCAGCAGCGGAAGUGAGGUGAAAACGCGAAAAAAGCGAGGGUUCCUCAUAGGGUUCUGGGGGCUAAGCAUUUACGAGCGGACGAAAAGACAUCGACCCCUCCAUGGUACUCCUCGCAGAACGCAGAGCACGGGAUUUACCCCAGCUUCAUUGGCCUGCAGAUUGUUCCUUUGGUGCUUUUUCAUUUUGCUCGAUGUUCCACUUUUUUUGUUGAAAGUCCUAAAAUUCCACUUGCAGGUGAUUCAAAGUUGGAGCGCAGGGAAUUUCACUUUGCACUGCUCUUUGGCAAAAGUCUUGUUAAGUGUCUUAUUAAGUGCAUGGAAUAUGCCAAACGAACGAGGUUUCAAGCACAAGCACAACAAGAAAUGCUAGCCAUGAUGAUUAUUUCUUUAUCAAACACAUUAAAUUCCUAAUGCAAAGAGCAUAAUCACUCCGCUCUAGUACCCUCUUUUUUUCUCUUUUUUUCCCUUUCUUUCAGAUGCUGCCCUUGCUUUUUGAGCUCUUCUUUCUUUGGUGCACACUCGAAAAAAUACCACUUUUCAUUUUCGGUUAGAAUCUUUUUGUUCAGAAACCUAAACCUAGUUUUGGUCCUUUUGUUUCCUUAUAUAUCUUCAUCGUCUUAUAAAUAUAUCUUCGUUUCUCGAUUGUUUUCACCCAUCUCUUCUUCUUUUUUAUUAUUCUCU